GGCAACCAGGACCAGAUCAGCUGAGUUCCUCAAUCAGUCGCCCCAGCUAGCUGCCGCUGCUCCAACCGAUCUCUCGUUGGCCCGGGCGUACAUAUUUUCAUUGCAAGCAUCGAGUUUCUUCAGUAGGUGAGCGUCUCGGUGCACGGCCAGAGCAGAAGCCGUCUGCUGUCCGCUCCAACCCUCUCAGCAUGGAGUCGUCCAAGUCUCCGCGGAGCUCCAAGCAUCACCACUCUCGGUCCAGAUCGCGAUCCAAGGACCGAAAACGUGACCGAAAGCACAGACGAAGUCGCAGCAGGAGCAAAGAGGCACGCAAGAGAGACUGUGAGAAGCCGACCAAGUCUCACAAGAAGCAGCAGGACGAGCAGGAGCAGAGCGAGCGGGGGAAGGACCGGCUCUCCGCCGAGAAUGGCGAGGAGCGACACCGCCGCAAGGGAGACAGGAAGCCGUCCAGGGGGCGGAGCCACUCCAGGGGGAGGAGCCACUCCAGAGGGCGGAGCCACUCUAGGUCACACUCACGGGAAAGGCGGCACCGCAGCAAAAGUCGAGACAAGAAGAAGUCUCGCUCACGGAGUCGAGACAGGAAGCGAAAGGCCAGGUCGGGGUCCCGGUCGAAGCACCGCCACCGGAGCCGCAGCCGCAGCAAGAGCAGGGAGCGGAAGAAGAAGAGCGAGAAAGUGCGCAGAAAGAGCCGGAGCAGGUCUGUAAGUCCGCCUGCCUUCCGGGGCAGAAACACAGCCAUGGACGCCCAGGAAGCCUUGGCCAGAAGGUACAACAACAACUUGGAGGAAUUACUGGAACGGGCCAAGAAGUUACAGGAACAAAAGGAAAAAGAGAUUCUGGAGAAACAGCAGCAGCAGCAGCAGGAAGUGCCGAAAGCGCCCACACCGUUGCUAUGCAAGGCCGUAACGGCAGCGGCGCCCAUGGCAACCCACACAGUGCUCAACGUAGCGGCCCUUCUGGCCUCUGGCACCCAGGUCACACCCCAGAUAGCAAUGGCGGCCCAGAUGGCCGCCCUCCAGGCCAGAACACUGGCGGAGACCGGCAUCGCCGUGCCCAGCUACUACAACCCCUCCGCCGUGAACCCCAUGAAGUUUGCCGAGCAAGAGAAGAAGCGGAAAAAACUGUGGCAAGGAAAGAAGGAAGGGGACAAAUCCCAGACCGCUGAGUUGUGGGAGAAGCUCAACUUUGGCAACAAGGACCAAAACGUCAAAUUUCGGAAGUUGAUGGGCAUCAAAGACGAGGAAGAAGGCGAAACCUCCAAACCACUCAACGCAGAGGGUCUAAAGACGCUUCAGCAGCAAGAAGAGAUGUUUAGAAACCUGGACGUUCAGUACGAAAUGGCUCGCUCACAGACCCACACCCAGCGGGGCAUGGGCCUGGGAUUCACCACCUCCUUCCGUGGAAUGGACACCAUUUAGUGCAGGGCCUUCCCCAUCCCCCCCCCGCCGUCCCAGUGUCUCUGAUCAUACACCGUCUGUCAUCUAGCUGCCAGCUAGGUCUCGUAUCUAGUGUGCAAGCUUGCAUGGAUGUCUCAUCUGGUUGUCAUUUAGAAGCACCGAUAUCACCUCCCGGGACACGAUGUAAAUAGACAGUGUGUGUCACUGUCACUCUGUAUAAUGCCAGUUAUGCUUGGUUGUUUUUUUGGGGGGGCGGGGCUGGGUUGGGUUGGGUUAUUUUUUUUAACUUAAAAUAUAUGCAAUGUGAUUGUUUGAAUUGGAAUAUGUUUAGGUCCGGUUGGUAGAGUUUCGAUUCCAUUCAGUUACCCAAAACAUGUGCAUCCCUGUAGGAAACGAGGGCUGAGCGGAAUAUUUUUGCUGCGUUUCUUCAUGAUGGAUGUAUAAGAACAAAAAACUGAAGUUGUGUUUAAUUUGUCAAAUAAGAGACUGGAACCAUUAUGUAAUACUUUCUGAUCUUCAAAUAAAUCCUUUGUGUUCA